ACCCACACUUACACUGACGGUGACACCAGACAAUACAGUAUUCACUGGAGAGACAGUCAGUCUGACGUGUGUGAUUGAGUCUUACAGUAACUGGAGAUAUGAGUGGUAUAAAGGCGGAAACAACAGUGUAAUGUUACAGACGUCUGAGCGUUACACUGUAAAUGGAGACACUCUCAGUAUUGUAAAAGCUGUUUCAGCUGAUCAGGAUCAGUACCGGUGUAAAGGACAGAGAGAUGGAGAACCAAACUCAUCACAUCUUAGCUCUGCUGUAUAUUUCUAUGUAAAAGAGAGACCAAAACCUGUAGUGAAGGUGACUCCAGAUCAGCGUGUGUUCAGAGGAGAGACAGUCGCUCUCACAUGUGACAUACAGAGAGGAGGAAACAUUCAGUGGACAUACAGCUGGUUUAAAGAUGGUCAAGCCAUCCCAGACACCACUGAGAGAGUCUACACCAUCACAUCUGUGUCUGAUAAUAGUGGUGAAUACAGCUGUAGAGGAGAGCGAUCAGACUCACAGAGAUCAGACACCAGUGCUGCUGUUACACUGACUGUAUCAGAUCCGAAGCCAAAGCCUGAACUCAUGCCAGAUGCUGCAGGAGCUGCACUGACAGGAAACACAGUGACUUUGACCUGUCGCAUGAAUCUGUCCCCUGGGUGGGACUUUUACUGGUACAAACACACACUGAACUCUGAGACAAAGAAGAAAAAAACAAACUACUACAGUGUGAAGAUUGAUUCAGUGUCUGAUGGAGGCCAGUACUGGUGUAGAGCUGGAAGAGGGAAACCAGCCUACUACACACAAUACAGUGAUGUACUGUGGGUAAAUGUUACAGUGAGUCCUAAAGCUGUGGUGACGGUACGGCCUGAUGAACGAGUGUUCAGAGGAGAAACAGUCGCUCUCAGAUGUGAUGUAAAGUGGGGAGGAGACACUGAGUGGACGUACAGAUGGGAAACAGAGGGAACAAACUAUCAACAUAAAAACUCUGUCAGCCGAAUCUCAACACAAGAGUUGAACAUCAGGAGUGUUGAUCACUUUCACAACGGUAAAUACACCUGUACAGGACAGAUGGGAACACAAAGCUCUCAGCGCAGUGAUGCUAUUACACUGACUGUAUCAG